CUCACUUUUAGAUCCAACUAAAAAAACCAAAUUCUGAAAUCCAAAAUACACCAAAAACAAGGCGGGAACCACGGCUCUGAAAUUUUUUCGAACCACGCGCUUCCGCUUCAAAAUUUCCCAAAACACCAAACUCACCGCAAAAAAUUUUCAAAACGAAAACCCGCUUAUGCUUUCUUUCUUAAACCCUUUUAUUUUCCCUAUUUUCUCAUUCUUCCAUUCCCUUCUAGAAGUUCUCCAUGGCCGACCAAGAUAACUCCACGCGCCGCCCUCAACGUGAAGCGAAGAAAAGAGCAGUAGCUGCACUGUGUGAACAGCGGAAACGAAAGCGCGUCGCUCUCGGUGACAUAACCAACGACGUCGUUUCAGAAACUGAGAAACUUGUUUCAGAUUCUCACAGUCAUACUCAGAAGAAAAAGAAGAGAAACAUCGCUAAAUCUCCGGUGCCGGAGAAAUUGGAAGAUCCUCAGUUAUGUGAACCCUAUGUUUCUGAUAUUCACGACUACCUUCGUAAUUUGGAGGUUGAUCCUAGUAAAAGGCCUUUACCUGAUUAUAUACAGAAAGUUCAGAGGGAUAUUAAUGCGAAUAUGAGGGGUGUUCUUGUGGAUUGGUUAGUUGAAGUUGCUGAAGAGUACAAACUUGUUGCUGAUACGCUUUAUUUCUCUGUUUCUUACAUAGAUAGGUUUCUGUCUUUGAAUGAUUUAAGUAGACAGAAGUUGCAACUGCUUGGUGUUUCUUCGAUGUUGAUUGCUUCUAGAAAAUAUGAGGAGAUUAAGCCACCGGAAGUGGAGGAUUUUUGUUACAUUACUGAUAAUACGUACUCUAAGGAAGAGGUUUUGAGUAUGGAGGCUGAAAUUUUGAAGACUUUGAAAUUUGAAUUGGGUGGUCCUACAAUAAAGACAUUUCUAAGGAGAUUCAUCACUAAAGUUGGUCAAGAGGGGGUUGAUGCUUCUGAGUUGCAGUUUGAGUUCCUUUGCUGUUAUCUUGCUGAGCUCAGUUUGUUGGAUUAUAAUUGUGUAAAGUUUUUGCCUUCUAUGGUGGCUGCAUCAGUUGUAUUUCUAGCACGUUUCAUGCUAAACCCAAAGAGUCGACCUUGGAACUCAGCCAUCUGUCAAUUCACCAGUUAUAAACCUGCUGAUUUGAAGGAAUGUGUUCUAAACAUGCAUGACUUGUACCUUGGGAGGAAAGGGGCCACUUUGCAAGCUGUGAGAGACAAAUACAAACAACAUAAGUUCAAAUGUGUGGCAACAACACCCUCUCCUCCAGAGAUAUCUCUUUCUUUCUUUGAAUUUAGAGGAGCAGAUCCUUAGGCAAUUGCGUCUUGAUUUUUCUUGUUAUGGCACUUCUGUUUCAACAAUCGGCAGAGGCAUGUGCAAAAAGGCCUCCUGAUGUGAAGAUUGAGGUGAUAUGCUGAUGCUGAUUUAGGGGCUGCCAUGAACUACUUUGGCAUUUAAUGUAUCAAUUGCUAAUUUGAUGGGUUUUGCCAUGAAAUAUAAUUCCCAUUAGUUUUAAAUUAGGUUUUCUUUUUAAUAGUUUAGGGAUCUUUUGCAAAAAUUAGUUCAAGGAGUUUUUAUUUUUUCAUGUAUAGAAAACUGGUAUAGGUUUUCAUUGCAAAUUUUCCAUUGUAAGAUGUCCUAGCACUGAUUUGCAGAAAUCAAAUUAUCUUAAAAAAAUGUUGAAUUGGUGACACUA